AAUUAUGUGGAGCCUGGCUUAAUUUAAGAUUGGAUUGGCGUGAAGCCAGUUUAUAUGCGACAUACUUGGUCGAAAAUAGUAAAUGGUCUCGUACUAUAUAUACAUUUCAAAAAGCUGCUGUUAUGCUGAUGUUACCAAAUUUAACAGCAACUGAAAGAAUGUCAAUAGACAAUUUAAUGCGUGACUGCCCCGCCUAUAAACAGCGUAUUGCUGGAAAAUCUUUGCCAAUGGAGAAAUUCAUAUGCAAAAAAUCCGAAAGAUAUUUUUCACAGGGAAAUUUUCUUUGCUUACCUGCUAUAGAAUUAAUGUAUCUUUGGAAUACGUUCAAAGUAAUUAGCAAAAAAUAUGAAAUAGCUGAUAGUAUUUAUAGAGUUAUAGAUACAAAACUGAAUGAAAUGGAAAGAAGUACAGAACGUUCGGUAUAUGAUUCAGAUAACAAGGCUUUAUGUCUUCUACUACGUGGAGCAUGCUUAAGGCAAAUGAAAAAACCAGGAUUAGCAUUACAAGAUUUAAAUGAAUGUAUUGAUUUGCACCCUCUCAUAAAAGAAGAUCUAUAUUUGAUUGCAUUUGCAAGCGUAGAAUGCGGAUUAGUCUAUGCCGAUGAAAAUAAAAUUAAUUUGGCAAUAAAUACGUUAGAGGAAACUAAUGAAGAGAGUAUAUUGGGUUUGUGCUGAUGUUCAAUGAUACCGUAGACGAAGCCUAU